GCGUCCAAGGAGGCGCACGCCGCAGCAGCAGCUCAUCCCCACGACCAAAUCUCGCCGUCUCCGCCCGCCGCCGCCGCCGCCGAGCACGAGCGCUCGCACCCGCCGCGCGAGAUGAACACCGACAUCACCGCGUCGGUGAAGCCGGAGUACCCCGUGGUGGACCGGAACCCGCCCUUCACCAAGGUCGUCGGCAACUUCUCCGCGCUCGACUACCUCCGCCUCUCCACCAUCUCCGCCGUCUCCGUCACCGUCGGCUACCUCUCCGGGAUCAAGCCUGGGAUCCGCGGGCCGUCGAUGGUGACGGGGGGACUCAUCGGGGUCAUGGGAGGGUUCAUGUACGCCUACCAGAACUCCGCCGGCCGCCUCAUGGGCUUCUUCCCCAACGACGCCGAGGUCGCCCGCUACAAGCACAAGCUGUAGUGAGAAUUUUUUUUUUUUUAUCUUCGCUGCGUUCUAUCUGUUGCAAGCGUUACAUCUUUUUCUCUGAUCUCGUUUUAGCUUCACUUGUUGAUGUGCGAAAUGUGUGUCCUUGGAUGAAUAAAUGUUGUACGCUGCACACUUGUGAGGAAUUCAUGCUACAAUUUAGCUCCGAUUGGCCAUGGUUUAGUGGCAAUUUGGUUGCUGAUCUGGUGGAUUUAUGGAAUUGAAUGUGA